AUGAAUUAUUGUAAUUCACCACACACCCCCACCACCAACACUCUCAUUCACCAUACAAAUAUUGUUGGUUCAAAGAAACCUUUACCAGAAGUGAUUAAUAUUAAUAAUAAUAAUAAUAAUAAUAUGUUGGCCUCUUCUUAUAUUACGAAGGAAGCAGCAGCAAACAAGUCACCUAUGCUCGACCCGUCACCCUCCUCCUCCUCAUCAUCAUCGUCCACCACACCUCCACUGUUGUUGACACCAAAUAUAUUAUUAAUUCCGAAUCUCAUGAACAAUUGUAAUAAUAGUAAUAAUAAUAAUACUAACCUAUAUAAUCAUCAUCAUAAUCACAUAAAUAGUCAUGGACAAAAUAUCACUACCAUAAAAACCGAGCCUGUUUCAACAUUGCAAUAUCCACAACAACCGCAACAACAACAACCGCAACAACAACAACAACAAGUUCAACAAGUUCAACAACAACAACAACAACCUCAAUCCCAAUAUAUUCAUCCACCUCCAGCCUAUAUAUAUAACGGAAACGGAGGUACCCUUGAAGAUCAACAACAACAACAACAACAAUUACAACAACAACAUCAAAUCCAACAACAACAACUUUUACAACAACAAAUUCUUCAACAACAACAAUUCCAACAGCAACAACAACAACAACAACAACAACAAAUUCAACAACAUGUACAGUCGACUAUGAUUCAAGUCCAACAACAACAACAACAAGUCCAACAGCAACAACAACAACAAGUUCAACAACAAUUAUCAUCACCAAAUAAUAAUAAUCAAGAAUCUAUAAUUAUUACAACUAGUGGUAUUAACGGUCAACAAACCUUGUCUAUACAACAACCACAACAACAAAUGGCACCACAACCACAUCAACAACAAACAUUAUCAAUUCAACCACCACAACAAAAUAUACCAUUACCACAACAUCUUUUGGUUGCUCCAUUUGGAAAUCAAGCACCACAACCACACCAACAGAUCAUAAACGAAUGUCUAAAGUUACAUUUAGCACAAAAGGAUCAAUUGGAAAAGAUGAAGGUUGUACAGAAACAAGUCUUGGCACAUCCCCAAACCGAGACGUUCCAAAUGCUCGACAAUGAGCAAAACACUCUAAAGAAGCAGAUUGACGCCGAAUUGACGUCUCUACAACAGAUCGAUCAGACAUUUGUAUUGUCACCCACGGAAAUCCGUAAUGUUGUUUUUUUAAUCCACGAACUCACCAUCCAAAGUAUCCAACUCGAAUUGUAUCAUGAAGAGCUCCAGCUCCUCGUCCGUCCACAGAAUCCACCACCCACCAUUGCUGCACUCGUCGUCAUUGAACAACCCUUCCCAAUGGUUAUUACCAAGUGCAAGCCACUCGAAGAUGAUCCCGUCGUCGUCCAAUUGCUCAGCGGAACACGUACCGAACUCCAACUCAUUGGCAAGGUUCGCGCCACCAUGAUUGUAGAGAACCAACAAAACUCCAAGACUUCAGGUUCACCAAAGACCAUUGAAACUGAAGUUGUAUCGAUGGAUGAAGUACAACGUCUUGCCAAAUACCAUCUCAAGUUCCUCAAUGGUACUCGUAAGAAUCCAGUCACUCUCAAAUUUGGUAUGCAAGUCCAAGUUGUCGGUGGCACCCCUGUCAAUAUUGAAAGUCCACCCACCUCUCCCUUUAUCGUCAUUACCAACGAGUGUCAAUACGAAGAGUCUGAUGGAACCCUACUCAAAAAGGACAGUUUUGGAAACAAUGCCGAAAUCCCAUGGGCAUCGUACGCCAACAAACUCCAACGUCACUUCCUCAGAGCCACUAGACAAGACUCGAUCAAACCAACACGUUAUCUAUCGCGUCACGAACUCAUGUAUCUACAUCAACAAUUCUUUGGUGGUCGUAGUAUGGUUUCUCAGUCCAUGUUUGACGCUUUUUGGAAUUGGUUUGGAAAGGGUCUCCAAAAGCUUCGUUAUCAACGUCAUGUUUGCUCCAUGUGGCAAUCUGGUCUCAUCUAUGGUUUCAUCUCUCGUCAAAGUGUAGAAGAAGCACUUCGAAAUGAAGAGAUGGGUACUUUUCUCAUUAGAUUUAGUGAAAGACAUGCUGGUCAUUUUGCUAUUGGUUAUAAAGUUGAUGAUCCCGAUCCUGAAAAAAGAAUUAGACAUUAUUUAGUUAAAGCUGAUGAUACUGCUGGAGCUAAAAAGACAUUACCAGAUUUCUUAUCAGAAUGUCCACAAUUCACAAAGAUUUUACAAUUGACCAUUGAUCCAAUAACGGGAGAACCAAGACUACGAAAUUUCCCAAAAGAUGUUGUUCUUGAACCAUAUUAUUCUAAACGAGAAGCUUUACCAGCUACCAAUGGUUACGAUUCUUUACCAGUUUUAAAUUAA